UCGUCACUCACUUCACUGCACUGCCCUGUCGCCCUUGGUGGUAGUAGACGCUUGGUGGUAGUAGAAUCCAUCCGUUGUGGUUAUGGCCUGCAGCAGGCUGUAGGGCGGCUACACGCAUUUACAUAGAACUACCUGACAUUGCAUACGGCAUGUCUGGCGUGUCAUUCCUGAUACCGCUUGUUUAAAACCCGUUAUCUGACACCACUCAGUCGGACUCUUUUUUGGCCGGCCGAGCCUCGCCAUGGCUGUUGCCGUUUCCACUCGAUCUCAUCAAAGCAGUGGUAACCUUCCUAACCCCCCUGCGAAUUCAACAGCUACCGUCUCGAAUGUGUCCACAUCGCGAUCAUCCAAUCCCAGCCGUUCCUUACACGAUGCUGCAUCCUCAUUCGCGGAUCUCGUUCUCGGUGCUGCUACCAGUCGCACUGUAGCAAUUUCAGGUCCUCAUGGACAAUCCGCAUCUCACGCCGCAUCUCACGCCGGGAUUCCCGGACAACCCGUGGCUCCUGAAGCAGCUUCUGCCGGAGCUGACCUGUCAGCGCAGCUCUCUGUCGCGGACCUGCUGACGUGUCUCUCCCGCAUUGAAGAGCGGUCCGAGCAGGUCAAGGCGGAGAUUAUCCAGGAGGUGGAAGGCCGACACGAGGAGCUCCGGCAGCUGAUGUGGCAUGCAUGCCAGGCUGGCGAUGACGUGGCGGUUCUGCUUGCUGAGGUGGACGCGUUGGCUGCCAGCGUGUCACCAGCAGAGGCUACUGGGUUUGGACCUAGAGGGGGGGAUGGUGGAGGGAAUUAUGAAACUGGCUCGGGACCAGCCUCGGUAUCUGGCUCGGUGACACGUCUAGGCUCGGGAGCAGCACUAGGGUUCGUGGAUGAGGUGGUGAAGGCGACCAAUGAGGUGCGAGCCUUGAAUGAAGCAGCCAAUGAGAAAGCAGAGAUCCGGACAGCAGUAGAGGAAAUCGCUCAGUUGCAAAGGAAGCAGGCGGAGAUGCAAGUGCUGCUGGGAAGAGGAAGGCUCCUGGAAGCUGCGACGCUGGCUCGCUCGCUAAAGGAUUCCUUUGUGGAGGAAGAUUCGGGUAGAGCAAGGGAGUGUAGAGAGCGAGAGGGUGGGGUGGACAAGCAGGGUGAAGCAGGGGGAAAGGGUGAAGAGGAGAAGCGAGGGGAGAGGCGAGGUGAGGAGCCGGUGGUGGUGACUCUGCUGCGGCAGCAAGUGGACGCCAGCUGUAAACAGCUGCAGCACAGCUUGGAGCAGCAGCUGUGGCAGAUGCUGGUGAUCGACCCUUCCAGCCACUCCAUCCGUAUAGUCACAUCCGCUGCACUCACAUCUGCCAUAACUAGCGGCCCUGCUUCUUCUGUGGUGGAGCUAUCAGAGGUGCUGUCCGCCCUAGAAGUGCUCACGUCCCCGGUGCUUUUACCGUCCCCGCCACCAUCGAAACCACCGUCUACAUCAGCAGCAGCGGCAGCAGCAGCAGCACAGCUAUCAACAUCAUCAUGGUCAUCAUUGCCAGUAGCAGCGGGGCCCCUAUGGUCCAGGAUCGCAUCGUCCGUCCACUCAGCCGUCGUGCUGCCUCUGCUCUCCUCCCCAUCCGCCUCUCUCAUCGCCUCACGCCCCGCUGAUUUCGACCCUGCAGCCGCACACGGCGCUGCUUCUCCUGCUGCUGCUGCUGCUGCUGCUGCUGCGCUAAUCCACGUGCAACUGCAACCCUCCGCACCCGAAGCAGCAUCAACUGCAGCACCUUCACCAGCAGCAGCAGCAGCAGCAGGGCCUGCGGCACCAGAGCCCGUGACGCCCUUCCAUCUGUACCCACUGCUGCUCGAGCUCAUCCGCUUCCUUACCCGCCAUCUCACAUGUGGCGACGCCACCCGGCUGCAGCGCCUGGCUGGUGCUCUCUGGCCCCGCAUGGCCGAUAGCAUCAUCGAGAGGUGCCUUGCACUGGCCGUGCCUCAAGAAACGAGGGAGCUGGCUCGCUUCCAGGAGGUGGUGGAGGUCACUCGGGCGUUUGAAGCCGCUCUCAGGGCAGAAGGAUUCCUCGCCGCACCGCCCAAAGCAGUGAAGGACGUGAAGUCACGGCCAGGGCUGUCAAAGAAACCGCCAGUCCCUGUGGGAGACAGGCUGAUGGCAUACGCUGCUGACGUGGACAUGCACUUUGCAGAGAAGAAACGGGUGGCCGCUCUGGCUGCUGUCAGGCACCUGCUCUUGAAGGGAGACUUCUCACAAUCGCGACUCGUGGUCACUCCAGUGAGUCCGGACGUCAGCAACCCAUCGCUACAGCCGGCUGUCUUUGGGAAGCAGCUGCUACAGCACGUGGUGGGGCAGUCAGGCGCUGCUGCCACAGAAGACCUCACAGACUUGGACAACUCAGUGUUCUUCUGGGAGCCGUGCCACGUCAGCGAGCCGGUGUGCAAGAUUCUCGAAAUCGUCCACAACACCAUGGAGGAAGCUUCUCAGUCCACGGAUCGCACCGCCAUGGAGCUGUAUCGGGCAGCUCGAGACAUCUUCACCCUCUACCGUGCUCUGCCUUCCUCUGCUCCAGUAGAAGUGGCCCAGCUGGCAAUGAUCGCAGUCAACGACCGCCUACUGCUGAGCCACGUCUGCCUCUCCCUGGCCCUGCAGUACCGCGCCCGCCUGCCAGCCGGCGUGCGCCACGUGGCCACGUUCGCUGACGUGGCGCCAUUCCUGCGCCAGCUGGCGGAGGAGCAGCUGCAGCUCGUGCUGGAGCGGCACCACGGGUACCUCAUGGAGGCGCUGGACGGCGCUGAGGGGUUCAGAAACACAGAUGACGAGGAGAUCUACAGAUGCGCUCUGCGGUCUCUCAAGCAGGUGGUGCACCACCUCUCCCACCUCUCGUCUGUGUGGCGACCAGUCUCCCCGCCCUCCCGCUACCUCCGUGCCAUGAGCCGCCUCGUCUCUGCUGUGCUCUCCCGCUGCUGUGCGCACGUGCUCGCCCUGCCAGACAUCUCGGUGGAUGAAACUGAGCAGCUUCGCAAGCUCUUUGCAGGGAUGCUGACUCGCUUGCCACCUCUCUUCCACGUGGACCCAUCAGGAGCCACUGGCAGCAGCGCUCCUGGUGCCACAUCAGCGUCCGUGUCUGCUGCUGCUGACCUGGAUGCUGAAGUGUCAGACGCGGUUGCUGACACAGCAACGCUGGAGUCUCUCGUUCCUGUGUAUCGCAAGCUGAGGCGACUGACAGACUUACUUGACAUGCCUCUAGUGGCAAUCACACAGGCAUGGGAGAGUGGGGACCUCUGCCGCUGUGGAUUCACCUCUGAUGAGGUGCAACGAACCAUCCGAGCCAUCUUUUCUGACACCCCUCUCCGGCGGAACUGUAUUGCCAGAGUGGCAGCUACAAUGCCUCCCACCGCAUUUCAAUAGGAGCAGCACUGCCCAACCCACAGGCCUUUCAGUCCCACCACCACUCUAGUUGCAACGAGACUCUUGUGCCCUUCAACAGCAGUCUGAGUGACCGGAAAAACAUGGCUUACUGGUGGUUCCGGCUGCUGCCUUCUGAAACAGUGCCUAGGUAAUGGGUGCGUAGAUGCACUAUUAGACUCACGUCAUUGCAUAACCCUUUGCCCGGAAAGGAUCCUGCCUGGCCACAUGUCCAGCAGAACCUAAAAUGAUAGCUAAGGUCAAUAAUAAGAUACCAUGUGUUUC